AGCGGCUGAAAAAAAACGUGAACGCGCAAUAUAUAUCCAUUUCCCCGCGCCGCGCGCAAAGUCCCCUCUUUGUCCCUCAAUAGUCGUUCGCACAUCUCAGCCCUAUAACCUCCAUCGCGAACCGGAUCGUGCGACGUCCUCUUAUUCCUUGGUAUUGUUUGUGCGAAUCCACUAGAGAGAGGUUUAGGACAGUACGUACUCAGCUAGCACGACGACUCGACUCGACUCGCUCUGGACCCCUCACUUACACAUCCUUAUCGCCCACCGCCCUCGCCUUGAUAACCACCACCGCCCCUCUCCACCACCUCCAACAACUCCAACUCCUCGACCUCGAAACAUCUCCUCCACCUCUCCUCUCCUCGUCCACCACAUACACAACACCCAGCACAUGCGACGAUGAGCUACGACGCCCCCUACCCCACGUCAGCGUCGCGCACCCCUCCCAAGGUCCAGCCGUGCCACUACAAGACCGGCAAGACGUUGGGCGCCGGCUCGUAUUCCGUCGUCAAAGAAUGCGUUCACAUCGACACCGGACGCUACUACGCCGCCAAAGUAAUCAACAAGCGCCUCAUGGCCGGGCGCGAACACAUGGUGCGCAACGAAAUUGCAGUCCUCAAGCGCGUCUCCAUGGGCCACCGUAACAUCCUCACGCUGGUCGACUACUUCGAGACGCAGAACAACCUCUACCUCGUCACUGACCUCGCGCUCGGCGGCGAACUCUUCGACCGCAUUUGCCGUAAGGGGAAUUACUACGAAUCCGACGCCGCGUCUCUGAUCCUCGCUACCCUCUCUGCUGUCGCUUACCUCCACGCCCACGGCAUCGUGCAUCGGGAUCUCAAGCCGGAGAACCUCCUCUUCCGCACCCCUGAAGACAACGCCGAUUUACUCAUUGCCGAUUUUGGCCUCUCAAGAAUCAUGGACGACGAGCACUUCCACGUCCUGACAACCACGUGCGGAACACCAGGUUACAUGGCGCCUGAAAUCUUCAAGAAAGCAGGGCACGGCAAACCCGUCGACGUCUGGGCCAUCGGCGUCAUUACUUAUUUCUUACUCUGUGGCUACACCCCCUUCGACCGGGACUCCAACCUCGAAGAAAUGCAAGCCAUCCUCAUAGCAGACUACCGCUUCGAGCCCCUCGCCUUCUGGCGCGGCGUCUCCGACUCCGCAAAAGACUUUGUAUCCCGCUGCCUCACCGUCGAUCCGUCUGCUCGUCCAACCGCACAAGAAGCACUCGCGCAUCCGUUCUUGGCGGCGAGGCCACAAGAGGAACAGGAGGGACAGAGCGAUUUGCUGCCGACUGUUAGGAAGAACUUUAAUGCGAGACGCACGCUGCAUGCUGCGAUUGAUACGGUGAGGGCGAUUAAUAAGUUGAGGGAGGGGUCGGGGCAUAUGGAUGGGGCGAGGAGUGGGGAGCCUGAGAGGGCGGCGGCGGGGAAUUCAUCUUCUGACGCUACGCCGGAUUCUAACACUGGAGGCGCGGGGCCGGCGUUGGCGGCGAUUGCGAGGAAGGCUGCGCUGAAUGAUGAGGGGGUUGAGACGUAUCCCGACCGGGAGGGAGGGGGGAGAGAUGCGGAGGGGGAUGUGAAGAUGGAUACGACGGAGGAGCCGACGAAGGCGGGGGCGGGGCUGUUGACGAGACGGAGUGGGCAGGGGCAGAGUGGUGCGGAGAUUGAGAAGCAGGAGGAGAGGAUUAGGGAGGCUAGUCGGGGGUUGUGGCAGGGGAGGUGA